UGGAAAUUAGGGACCCGAGCUCACUGGUGACGUAGAUCUCAUGUGACCAGGAGUCGACGUGUGCAGAAGUCCUGGUAGUCUGGUCCUUGUUCCCGUCUGGAUACCAGCUUCCUUCAGCAGUGCAGGCGGUGGUCCCUGAGGCUAGUGGAAGGAGUGAAACUUGCGGGAAUUUUGCAGGUCUGUUGUUUCUAGCAAGACCCAAAGCUAGAAAAGGAGGAGGAAGAAACUGACCCGAUCAGUGCCAGUUAUUGUAUUCCAAGAAGAAUAAGCAAAAAAAUAAAAGAAGGAAGGAAGGAAGAGAGGUAGAGAUACAAGAUGAAAUCCUGUCAAAAAAUUGAAGGAAAACCAGAAAAUGAGAGUGAACCAAAGCAUGAGGAAGAGCCAAAGCCUGAGGAAAAGCCAGAGGAGGAGGAGGAGAAGCUAGAGGAGGAGGCCAAAGCAAAAGGAACUUUUAGAGAAAGGCUGAUUCAAUCUCUCCAGGAGUUUAAAGAAGAUAUACACAACAGGCAUUUAAGCAAUGAAGAUAUGUUUAGAGAAGUGGAUGAAAUAGACGAGAUAAGGAGAGUCAGAAACAAACUUAUAGUGAUGCGUUGGAAGGUUAAUCGAAACCACCCUUACCCCUAUUUAAUGUAGUUUACCUUGAUUUUUAUCUGAUAUUAACAAUACCAUAUAGCUUGCUUUUUAUUAGCAUUUCCUGAUAUUCCUUUGUCCAUAUUUCUACUUAUAACCUGUUGCUAUUAAUGGUUUUAGAUGUAUCUCUUGUUAUCUGCAUCUCAUUGUUUAUUGUAUUUUGAACCAAUCUACAAGUCUCUGUCUUUUAAUAAAAGAACUUUACUCAUUUGUAAAAAAGAGGUUCUUGGUAGGAUAUAAAAUGGAAAAAAGGCUAAGUAAUAUGUGAAUAUCAUAUUUUUGAAAGGUAAAAAGUACAUUUGUAUAUUACAUAUAUGGACAUAACUUGUGAAGGAUGAAAGAAAGUAUAGCCUCUCGGUGGUGGGAUUAUGAAUGAUUUUUCUCCUUUUGCUUAUUUGUAUUUUCUAUAUUCCUAAAAUUAACACACAUUAUUAUUGCUAGAAUAAUAAAAGCUUUAUAACAAAAAGAAGCAA